GUUUGCCUAUAAUCGAUCUGCGCGACAUAGUACGUACUAUAACCGAUGUAUCGCUAACUUCCUGAUUAACCGCCCACUAUCAGAUAUACUCUGAAACUCCGAACAGGCCGCUCGUUAUCUCGCUCGUUAGCAGACAAUCCCACCGCAAAAAACAGCUAAACAAAAUCAUGUCGGACCAAUUAACAGAAGAACAAAUUGCUGAAUUUAAGGAGGCAUUCUCCUUGUUCGACAAAGAUGGUGACGGCACCAUCACCACCAAGGAACUUGGAACUGUAAUGCGUUCAUUGGGACAAAACCCAACGGAAGCAGAACUUCAAGAUAUGAUCAAUGAAGUGGAUGCCGAUGGCAAUGGGACGAUCGAUUUCCCAGAAUUCCUUACGAUGAUGGCGAAGAAAAUGAAAGAGACGGACUCAGAAGAGGAGAUCCGUGAAGCAUUUCGUGUUUUUGAUAAAGAUGGAAAUGGCUACAUUAGUGCUGCCGAACUUAGACAUGUAAUGACAAAUCUAGGGGAGAAGUUGACGGACGAAGAAGUCGACGAAAUGAUUCGAGAAGCCGACAUCGACGGCGACGGCCAAGUCAACUACGAAGAGUUCGUCACCAUGAUGACACAACGAUAAACUACUUUUCCAGAUGUCACUGAGGUGUACUUUCUUUCCAAGAACUCGUUUAGAUGAGCGGCUGGACUGGCAACUUUAAAGGGUCAACGCAGUCAUAGGUCAACCAGUCAUAAUGUCAUAUUGUCUGUUUGUUUGGUUGAUCAGUUGACCAGGACCAGAAUCAUUGUUCAUCUCUUAUCAGAAUAUUACGUCAUGUCCUAAUUUGGAGUUAUGUAAUAGAUCGGGUUUGACAAAAUUUUGACGUGAUUUCUAGUCGGAGUAUUACGUCAUAUCUCAUUUGGAAGUUGAGUGUAAACCUUUUUGGGUUGACAUAAUUUCCUGCCGGGAUUUUGACGUAAAUUUCGCCACGAAUUUUACGUUAAUUUCAGUGGAUUGAAGCAUUCCUUGGUAUAUGUCGGAGACCAAUCAUAAACAAAACGGGAACGUGCAAACGAAUUUUUUUUAAAGAAUUUGAAAUAAUUAGAAUACUGUAAUGUAAUUGAAUUUGUAUACAGUAAGUAGAAAUUGGUACGCCGUCGCACCUUGAGGAAAUAGACGUCUCAUUAGCAACAGUGCCAACAUCGGCUUUACGUCAGUGUGACUGUCUUUAUCCGCUUCUAUAGGCUUCAAUAGAAACAUCUAUCGCAAUGCAAUUAUCCUUUUAGAAUUAGUAUCUCAGCAUACCUGUAUUUGUAUAAAACUGAAAUAUUAGCACAUUUAUUUAUGUAAUACUAUUUAUUCGUGCUAUUUUCACAUGUUUUUGUAAAUCUCAUUUAUGGAGAGUGUAAUAAAAGCUUAGAUAGACAAAA